GCGCGGUCCGUGGUUGGAGUAUCUUCUAAUCUCAACCGCGAACUGAUCAGAGUCCCAGACGAAAGAAAGAGAGCACAGAGGAGCCCGCCGCGAGAGAGCAAAAGAUAUUGACUAGGUUCUUCCAGCGACGACCAUGGGGCGGGGUGUUCUGGAGGUGCUUCUGGUCGACGCCAAGGGACUCGCCGGCAACGAUUUCCUGGGGAGGCUAGACCCGUAUGUGGUCGUGCAGUACCGGAGCCAGGAGCGCAAGAGCAGCACCGCCCGAGACCAGGGGAGGAACCCGAGCUGGAACGAGGUGUUCAAGUUCCAGAUCAACUCCACCGCGGCCAACGUGCAGCACAAGCUCAUCCUCCGGAUCCUGGACCACGACAACCUCUCCAGCGACGACUUCCUCGGCGAAGCAUCCAUCAACGUCGCCGAUCUGAUCAGCAUAGGCGUGGAGAAGGGCACCUCGGAGCUGAACCUGGCCAGGUACAGCGUGGUCACCGCCGACAACUCGUACCGCGGCGAGAUCAAGGUUGCCAUCACCUUCACCGCCGCAAAGGUUGAAUAGGGUGGAGGACAAGUUGGAGCCUGGUUGUAGCAGCCUCCGUGAUUAGAUGCCUGCCUUGUGCCUAUGAUUGAUGCAGCUCCAAGUGUAUGUACAUUUGCAUCUCUAGUGUUAGAUGCAUAGCCAGAAGUCAGAACAGGUUAGAGUCGUCAGCUCCGUUAAAUGUGAUUCUGAUUCUUUUGAAACGAUAGAGAUUUCUGCAUUGCUACCGCGUCUAUGCUUGCGAGGUUGACGUGAUUGGAAAUUUGGAAUUGUAUGUGCCUUGAUUGCA